GUUUUGAAAACUUUUGGAUUUAUGAUGACGAUGCGGACAAUAGCUAAGAGGCAAAUAGCUAAGCAUUCCAAAAUUUUACAACACACAUGGGGAGGAGGCGAUGGAGCAGAGUAGGCAGAAGGGAGGAACAUGAACGUGAGAGAAGAGACAGCAUUUGUCCUCGCAAGCUGCAAAGAAUUCAAGGAGAAGAAAAGGGAUUAAAAUAGACAAGUCCCAUCUCUCACAGGUCUCAUGGCUACUUGUCUCCCUACCAAUCCGAUAAGAUCGAUCGACUUAUAUCGUACCAUUGAAUUCAGUUCCCUUCCUUCUUUCUGCCAAGUAAAGCGCCAAAAAAACGCUUAAAAUAUAGCACUCGGGAAACAUCAACACUAGAGAGGGAGAGAGAACCCAUUUGCUCAUUUCCGCCGAGGAAUCGAGUGUACCGGUUUCUUUCUAGUCCGCCGGAAAGGGACAGCCAUAGAAGAAACUGGAGGUGGAGGGCUUGUUUGUUGUUGUUGUUUGCUUUGUUGGUGGAGGAGAUUUUCCCGCUUUUCCCCCGACAACCCAGGUCGCGUUCAGCUGGAAUCGUUGAUCCUCGGCCACCAAUUUGGCGCAUGGUAAUCAAAAGCUCUAAUCUUGGGGGAGGAUCCAAGUCAAAUCAUUAAUCGCACACCAUCUGUUUGAGGAUAUGCCUCAACCGGGGAAAAGAUUUUUCUGUUGGUGAAUUUUUUUUUCUUUUCUUUUCUUUUUCGUGGCUCUGGUAUCAUUCUAGAAUUGCAGAGAGACAGGGACGGAGGAAGAGGGGGGAAGGGAGGGAGAGGAGGGGAGGGUCUAUUUGGCGGUUUGUGUGACGUGGUUUCCAUUUGCUGUGAGAUUUAGCCGGCAGUUUUUUCUCCCUUUUCUUCUCUGCUUACUGAAACGCUCCUUUUGUUUUCUUUCCCCUCUAUAUACUUUUCCUUUCUUCUUUCUGUUUCCUUUUUGUUGUUUUUUCCCUUUUCUUGCCUUCUGCCCACCAUCUGCUUGAACAAAUUCCUCAAUGAAUAGCUUCGUUCAUUGGAAGUGGAAAAGUGAAGACGCGGAAGAGAAGUGAAUUGGGUGUUUGGCUGGGAAAGCCCCGUUUCCAUCGAUUGGAUAAGGGUUCGAUACAAUCAACGUGAUCGCCUGAUCCGCAUCUCUAUGAAACAAGUCCCAUCAAACUUGGGAGUGUCUCACUGAACUUCAGGCUUAAAGAAUCAAACAAUGGAUGGUCCUUACGAUACAUCUGAUCUCGAUGAAAGACGAGCUAACUCCAGUCUCCAGAUAAUCAAGUACUCACCAUUCCAGCCCUCCAGAUAUUCAUCACCAUGGCUGGAACUCAGAGUCUUCUACGUCAGAAUCAGCAACUUCCAUGUCGACGACACCACCCCAGAGUUCCUCACAAUCAACCACAUCCCCCUAAGCCCAGAUACCCUCCUUGAAGUUAAUGGCGUUAGAAGCAGUAUCUACUCCGAUGGUUCCCCAUUGCUGCUUCGAAGGGAUCGAGUCGACAAGAAAUCCGAGGAAGUGACGUUUGUUAGCACGGAUAGCAUUAGAACUACAGGGAGUGUGAAAUUCCACGUGUUUGAUAAGGAUGAUCUCGUCCUUUCCGGUACUAUGGAGAUGUCCAGCAGCAAUGGCUUCACCGGAGAAUGUAAAGGCAGUGUGAAACGUUGGAGCAUGAAGUGUGAAUCAGAGGGUAUUACUAGCUUCUUGAGAGGGAAACAUGUUAAUGGUUCUUCUGAUACAUCACUACCAGCCAUUGAAGUCUAUGUGACCGGAUGCUUCUCUGGGACGCCGAUCAUCUUGACCAAGACUCUGCAGCUUAGUUUCAGGAAGAAGCAUAACAGGAAGGGGAAAUUGGAUUCGAUUCCCGAGGAUGAAGCCACCGAUCCGCAGAAAGUUAAGUCGGCUCACGAUGAUGAAUUACAGUUGGCAGAGUACAGAAGCUACAAGCUGGAGAACGGCGAAGAAGAUUACAGCAACAUGUACUGGAGAAGAACAGAGUUCGUGGAUGGUGAAGACGGUGAGCUCUCCUGGUUCAAUGCAGGCGUUAGGGUUGGUGUUGGUAUCGGGCUAGGCAUCUGUGUUGGGGUUGGCAUUGGGGUCGGUCUGAUGGUACGAACCUACCAAACAACUACCCGAAACUUCAAAAGGCGACUCCUGUGAUUGAACUGUUAUCCCAAAUUGUUAGCUAGCUAAAUGUUUCCAAUGAUUUGCAAAUAUGGUUUGAGUUUUCUUCUGACUGCAAGAUUUUGACUAAGAGAGAGUUAGUAGGACACUGUUUAUUUAGCAGCUGACAGAGAAAUAGACAUGAUGACAGUCACUCUGUAUGUGUCUUUCUUUUUUCUUCUUCUCAUAAGGCUUGUAAUAUAAAACACCCUUGUGUAAGGUAGGAAAAAGGGUUAUGGUAGUAACUAGUGUAUGUAAACCCUUGGAAUCCCAGUAAUUCUAAUUUUAUACACUGUUAAGAACCCUGUAAAUUAAAUUAUGUUGUGUUGUCAUUCCAGCAAUGUAUCAGAGUACUUAGCAAAGAUCAUGAGCUUCAUCUUACAUCACACUACAACGUGCAGAAUAUGCAAUUGAGACAAAUAAUAUUUGCGUACUAAUACUGCUAUACACUGGACCAAACACAGUUACAGCAAUCACCCGAAAUCUGAGGCUCUAGCAUCUCAAUAUUUCAGCUUCAUCGAUUUGCCAAACAUGAUAUCAUCAUCGUCACUGAUAUCCUCCAUCUGAAUCGUCAGUCCCUUGAGCACCUGAAAGAUCUCGUCCGAAUCCUUCUCCUCCAAGCAAUCCCCUGCCACGAACUUGCAGACCUUCUUCUUCACCUCAAUCCAACUCUGCCCAACAGCCUUCUUCAACCCUUUACUCCUCGCUGAGACUCUCUCCCUGGCAGAAUCCUCCCACUUACCACUACCGGCGUAUAUAUUCGACAUCAAUGUAUAGCUCCAAGAACUCUCAGAUACGAGACCAAACAUUCGAGACGCUACAUUCUCUGCAAAAGCCGUGUUCUUGUGCAUUCUACAAGAGUUCAACAGAGCACCCAACACACAACUAUUAGGCUCCAUUGGCAUGUUCUUCACAACUUCACUAGCCUCUUCCAAUAAACCCGACCGGCCCAACAGAUCCACCGUGCAAGCAUAGUGCUCCAUCCUGGGUUCAAUUCGAUACUUUGAAACCAUUUUAUCAAAAAGCAAACGACCCUGGCUGACAAGUCCAGCAUGACUACAAGCUGAGAGAAUCGCAAUAAAGGUUAUCCCAUCCGGCCGAUGGCCAGAAGUGAUCAUACGAUCAAACAUCUGUAGAGCUUCGACGCCAAGUCCAUGCAUCCCGUGUCCUUUGAUGAUGGAGUUCCAUGAAAUCAUAUCUUUACCCUCAAUUCUCUCAAAGACUCUACGGCCUUCCUUCAAAUUCCCACAUUUCGCAUACAUAUCGACCAGGCUGUUCGAAACCAGAAGCUCGUUGCAGAGGAAUGUUCUUGUUGUGUAUCCAUGAAUUUCCUUCCCUAGAUUCAGUGCUGAUAACUCUGCACAUGCUGACAAGACGCUGCAAAUUGUGACAGCGUUUGCUGUCACGUUGGCAGCACUCUGCAUUCGGCGGAAGAGAUUCAACCCAUCUUCUCCUCUCUCAUUUGCGGCGAAGCCACUUAUUACAGCAGUCCAGCUAACUAUAUCAGGUCUCUCCAUCUGCGAGAAAACCUCGAAAGCUUCAUCACAUAAACCGGCAUCAGCAUAUGAUGUUAUCAAAGCGUUCCAGCUUACUGUGUUCUUGUUUUCAAUCUUCUCGAACAAGAUCUGCGCUUCAAUUACAUUGCCACUCUUGCCGUACAAGCUAAUCAGUGAGUGUUUCACGAACGAGUAAUCUUCGAAACCAUCCUUGAUAACAUGACAAUGAAUUGCCUUUCCUGUAUGAAAUGCACCGAGAUCAGGACAGACUGACAAGAUGACCGCAAGUGCUUCGGCAUUCACCCCAAUUCCCUUCUUCCGCAUCAAAGUGAACAGCUUCAAGGUUUCUAAACUUAGCCCCGAACGAGCAUGGCUUGAUAGGAGAGAAGUCCAUGUCACCAGAUUAGGCUCCAAGCCCUCGGAUUCCAUUCUUCGAAAGAUAUCAAGAGCAGCAACACAAUCACAAUUGAAGGAAUACCCGGAAACCAUCAUGUUCCAUGACAAAGUGGUUCUCACACCCAUUCCCUCGAACACUUUACGUGCAUCCACCAUCCGUCCCAGUUUCGCAUACAUUGCGAUCAACUCGUUCGAGACUUGGAGAUGGCUAUGGAAACCAGCCUCUAUAGCAUGGCAAUGAACAACCUGACUCAACCUAGAACUCUUCCUGCCAUUACCACCCAACUGUCUACACGCCCGAAUCACCAAUGGGAAAGUGUAACCAUCGCCUAAAUUUCCAAACUUGCGCAUUCUAGCAUACAAAUUCAGUGCGUUUUCAUACCGUUCGCCGGAAACACUAGCUCUGAGAAUCGAAUUCCACAGAAUUUGGUUCGAGAAGCAAUCCAAUUGGCUCUGAGAAUCAAACGCCAUCUGGGCAUCCGAGAGGCGGCCAAAACGAGCGUAGGUAGAUACCAAUCGGGAAGCCAGGAAAGCGGAGCUGUUGCUCCCAGAAACGAUGAACUUUGCGUGAACUUGCUCGCAUUGCUGAACCCUGGCGCAGCCUUGAAGAAGGCUGUCCAAGGAAUCAAGUGACCCACUACGGCGGGUGCCGAAAUAGCGAUGGACGGAAGAGAUUGCGAGGCGGCUGGGUUUGAGAGCAUACUGAUGAAUGAGAUAUUGAGAAGCAGAGACAUGACGCAUGGAAGAAGCAUGAAGUGAAGAGAAAAUAGAGCUAAGAAGAAGAACAGCCAAAAUAGUAUCUUGCCGGCGAAGCCAAAGUUUCAGUCAGAACUCAGAAGUCAGAAUGAUGUUCUGGCUUCACUUCUUCGGAG